AUGAAUGAAAACAUUUCACCUCAUUCAUCCUCAUCGUCCUUUGUUCCAAUUGAAGAACAUCAUAUUCAAGAUGCAAUUCAAGUAAUUAACGAAGCUAAAGAGUUCAAUCCUAAUUUAUUGGACUAUAUAACUAAAUCAACCCCUUCAGCAUCUAAUGAUAAGAAGUAUCAUGUAAUUUCUGUGUUUGGAUCCCAAUCUACCGGGAAAUCAACUUUGUUGAAUAGGUUAUUUAAUACUAACUUUGAUGUGAUGGAUGAAACUAGACGUCAACAAACUACCAAAGGGAUUUGGAUGGCUUAUGCACCCACGGUGAGUAAUACCAAACAUUUAAAAAGUCAAAAUGAGAAUAUAUUCGUUAUGGAUGUUGAAGGUACUGAUGGUAGAGAGAGAGGAGAAGAUCAAGAUUUUGAAAGAAAAGCAGCAUUAUUUGCUUUAUCAACCUCGGAAAUUUUGAUCAUUAAUGUUUGGGAAACCCAAAUUGGGUUAUAUCAAGGUGCUAAUAUGGGAUUAUUGAAGACUGUAUUUGAAGUUAACUUAACCUUAUUUGGUAAAGCUAAAUUGAAUAAAUCAAAUAAUCAUAAAGUUUUAUUACUUUUUGUAAUUAGAGAUCAUAUUGGGGUUACACCUAAAGAAAAUUUAGCAAGUACUGUAACUCAAGAUUUAAUAAAUAUGUGGGAUAACUUGAAUAAACCAAAUGAAUUGAGUCAUAUGAAAUUUGAAGAUUUUUUCGAUAUUUCAUUUCAUACAUUAGGUCAUAAAGUAUUACAACCGGAGAAUUUUGCUAAUGAUGUUCAAUUAUUAGGAGAUCGAGUAAUUAAUAAGGAUAAUGCCGAAUAUUUAUUUAAACCUCAAUAUCAUCAUGAAAUUCCAAUUGAUGGAUGGACAUUAUACGCAGAAAAUUGUUGGGAUCAAAUUGAUAAUAAUAAAGAUUUGGACUUACCAACUCAACAAAUAUUAGUUGCAAAAUUUAAAUGUGACGAAAUUUUAAGUAAUGUUUAUGAAGAAUUUUUAUUAAAAUUUAAUGAACAACAUUUAAUUAAAAUUCCAAAAUUAAAUGAAAAAUUAACUGAUGAUAUUGAUUAUGAAGAUUUAGGUUUAUCAUUUAUUGAUUUGAAAAAUGAUGUUUUGGAAAAUUUUGAUGUAUCAGCAUCAAGAUAUAAUCAAUCAAUUUAUGAACAAAAAAGAAUUACAUUAAUUGGGAAGUUAAAUGAUAAAUUUAAAGAAAUUUUUGAAGCUUAUGCACAAUAUUUACUUGGGAAUACUAUCAAACUUUUCACUAAUGUUUUAAAUUCUGGUAAGAGAAAUUUACCCGGUAAAAAUUUCCAAGAUGGAGUUGUUUCAUUGUCAAAUAAAUAUACUCAAGAAUAUUCCAAAGCUUUAAAAUUCUUAUCCUUAGGAGGAGAGUUAGAUACCACCGGUUAUGAAGAUAAGUUGAAUAAACAAGUGGAAGAGUUAAUAAGUAAACAACAAUUGAUUGAAUUAAAUAAUACUAUAAACAAAUCGGUUAAGAAAGUUAAUAAUGGCUUGGUUAAAGCCAUUACUUUUGAAUUAGGAGAUUUAAAAGAUGAUACUUGGGAUACCAUUUUAAAUAAGUUUAAUCAAUUAACUAAAGAAGUUUUAAGUAAAUAUGAAAGUUCUACUGAUGAAUAUGAUUUUGGAUUAGGUACAAGUGAUAAAUUAAAUAAUUUAGCAAUUGAAUCAUUUAAAUUUAAAAGUUGGGUUAAUUUUUAUGAUUCGAUUCAUAAAUAUAUUCUGAAAGAUGGGUUAAUCAAUAUUUUACAAGAUAGAUUCGAUGAUAAAUUCAGAUAUGACGAUAACGGAUUACCUAAAUUAUACGAAAAUUCAACUGAAUUAGAAUCAAGUUUCGAAAAAGCUAAAAAAUUCUCUUUGCAAAUCUUACCUAUAUUAACCAGAGCUAAAUUGAGUAAUGGUAAAGAUAUCAAACCGGAGUACGACAUUUUUAAUAAACAUUUAAAACAAAAAUACACCACUAUUAACGAAACUGAACAAGUUCAAGCUUCUUAUACCGACAGUGAAGAUGAAGAUGAAGAAAUUAGCAGUGAUUCAUUCAGUAUAAUCGUGAAUGAAGAAGAAAAACAACUCGUUCUUAAUAAGUUCAAAAGAGAAGUUGAUGCUAAGUUCGUUGAAACCAAGAGAUCCAUCAUACAACAUGUAACCCAAAUACCUUACUACAUUUACUUAAUUAUCCUAGUCUUGGGAUGGAACGAAUUCAUGGCAAUUUUACGAAACCCACUUUUCUUCACCUUACUCAUUCUUCUCGGAGGUGCAGUCUACGUGAUGUACCUGUUGAAUCUUUUAAAGCCUGCCAUGGCCGUUGGCCAAAGAAUGCUUGAUGAAGCCCUUGAUAUAGCCAAACAAAAAUUAAAAGAAUUUGUCAUUGACGACCCAGCACAACACGGUCACAACUUGAAUAAGAUCAGCAACAAGAAAUCCCCCACUGAAGAAAUCGAAUUGGACGAUUUAAAUAAUUAA